AUGAAGAUAGGUUAUAUAAAGCAAAGCUCAAGUGAUAAGAGCCAAACAAUUAUCAAUCUAACACCAGAGGAUAAGGAAGACCUCUUUACGAUAUACCAAAUCAUUGACCCAGAUGAUGAAGUUAUCAUUAAGAAGAUGUUUACCACAAAGCAAGAAGAUAGCAACAAAAAGACUGUUACAGAUUUGCAUGAAAUCAAACUGAAGGUUCUUUCAUAUGAAUUUGAUAUUAAGGAUGAAUAUUUACGUUAUAAAUGUGUCACUAUUCCUGACGAGACAGGUGUUGCUAAUAAAGAUAUAUCCAUCGGUAAAUUCCUAAGUUUUAGUAUAACAUACACACACCCUAUGACCAUUUAUAAAAAUAAUUUGAAUAAAUAUGCUAAGAGGUUACUGCAAGAUGCAGAAAAUGCUAUGAAUAAAUCCGAAAUUGGUGCCGUGGUAUUACAGGAAGGUAUUGCUCACGUAUGUCUUUUGACAUCAUCUUCAACCAUUAUGAAACAGAAGAUUGCAAUAACUUUACCGAAGAAGAAGAAUGCUGAGGACGCUACCAAGUUUAAUGAUUUGAAUGAAACUUUCUAUAGACAUAUUUACGAUGCGAUGGGUGCUCAUUUCAAUUACAGUGAAUUGAAGGUGAUAUUAUUAUGUUCCCCAGGUUUCUUUGCAGAUGCCCUUCUCAAGCAUAUUUUGAAGUUUGCAGAACAGGACCAAAAUGAAGAUAUUUUGAAGAAUCAAGAAUCUUUCCUAUUAGCCAACUGUUCUACUGGUUAUCUACAAGGUGUCGAUGAAGUGUUAAAAAAUCCGAAGUAUGUCGAGAAAUUAGAAGAUGCAAAGUUCGUCAAGGAUGUGAAGUUAUUAGAUGGAUUCAUGGAACAUCUGGAUAACGACGAUAAUAUGGCAUGGUAUGGAAGAUAUGAAGUCUUUAAAGCCGCUAAACUAGAAGCCAUAGACACAUUAUUAAUGACAGACUCAAUGUUGAAGUCAAAUAAUGUGGCAAAGAGAGAAAAAUAUUUAGAUCUAAUGGACUUAAUUGAAGCUGAUGGUGGAAAAGUAAUUAUAUUCAGUACUUUACAUACUUCUGGUGAAGAAUUGAAUCAAUUGACUGGUUUAGCUUGUAUUUUAAAGUAUGCAAUUCCGACCCUUGAUGAAAGGAACGAAGAAGAUGGUAUUUCUGACUCUGAAGAAGAAGGUAAUUCUGAAUCAGAAAAGGAAGAAAUGAUUACUUCAAAGGCAUAA